GUGAUGUGACGUUUUUGGUUAUGUCGUCAGCUUUAGAGGAAAUCCCUAUAAAUUUUUGAAUGAAAGAUAAGUCAUACCUUCAUUUUUGAGCGAACCGGCGCAACGUGUAACAAUUUGAACAUAUUUAAAGUUAGAAGAUACAAUGGCUAAACGAGUGCAACCCUCUUGGAAUGUUUCUAAUACUGAUCCCCAACCAGUAUUAAAAGUUUAUAAUAGUUUAACAAGACAAAAGGAGGUAUUUGUCCCCCGUUCUGGUAAGAAGGUUAAUUGGUACAGCUGUGGCCCCACUGUGUAUGAUGCUUCGCAUAUGGGACAUGCAAGGUCGUAUAUUACUUUUGAUAUUUUACGAAGAGUAUUGUCAGACUACUUUGGAUAUGAUAUUUUCUACGUAAUGAAUAUAACCGAUAUUGAUGAUAAAAUUAUUAAGAGAGCUCGACAAAACUAUCUUUUUAAGAAAUACGUUGAUGAAAAUCAUCCCUUGGAAAGUGUGCUUGCAGAUGCCAAGUUAGUAUUACAAAAUGUACAAUCUAGGGUUAAAACUACUACAGAUCUUGACAAGAAGAAUAUGUUAGAGAAGAUGUUAACAAGGUUAGCAGCUUCCGUAGAGGAGUUAGAAGAAUCAGUCAAAAGUGGAGAUUCACUUAAAGUAGAAAAUAGUAAACAACAAUUUAUUUUAGAUGGUAAAGAUCCUAUUUCGGAAUGGUUAGAUCAGAAACAGGGAGAUACUGUACGGGAUAAUGCAAUAUUUAGUUCUCUUCCGCGACAUUGGGAACAACAGUUCUAUAAAGAUAUUGAUGCAUUAAAUAUAUUGAGACCUAAUGUAGUAACAAGAGUAAGCGAAUAUAUUCCCGAAAUUAUUACAUUUAUUCAAAAGAUUAUUGAGAAUGGUUUUGCUUAUGAAGCCAGUGGAUCAGUUUAUUUUGAUGUUGCAGCUUUUGAUAAAAGCGAAAAACAUUAUUAUGCUAAGUUAGUUCCAGAAGCGUAUGGUGAUACAAAUAGCUUACAGGAAGGCGAAGGUGAUUUAACUACUGCAGAACAAAGAAGUGAAAAACACUCACCGAAUGACUUUGCUUUGUGGAAAAAGAGCAAGCCGGGAGAGCCGUUCUGGGAUUCGCCUUGGGGUAUCGGUAGACCCGGUUGGCAUAUAGAAUGCUCUGCUAUGGCAUCUGAUAUCUUUGGCGCAACGAUGGAUAUCCAUACUGGAGGAGUAGAUCUCAAAUUUCCCCAUCAUGACAAUGAAAUUGCACAAAGUGAGGCAUACUUUGGAAACUCAGAAUGGGUAAGUUACUUCCUCCAUUCUGGUCACUUAACAAUAGCCGGUUGCAAAAUGUCUAAGUCCUUAAAGAAUUUCGUAUCAAUUCAAGAUGCUCUCUCAAAAUACACCUCUAGACAAUUAAGAUUUGCGUUUUUGUUACACAGUUGGAGGGAUACGUUGGACUACAGCCAAAAUACCAUGGAUUCUGCAAUUCAGUAUGAAAAACUUUUCAACGAAUUCUUUUUAAAUGUAAAGGAUGCAUCGAUGUCAAUUUGCUUGAAAAACACAACAGUAGAUACUUUCACCAAAUGGUCUGAACACGAAAAAACACUGAGUAAUAAGCUUAUAGCAGCCAAAACUGCAGUUCAUAAUGCACUAUGUGAUAAUAUUGAUACGAAAUCCGCAAUUAAUGCUUUAAGGGAUAUCGUAACAGCAAGUAACAUCUAUAUGAGGGAACGGAAACCUCCGAACGCCUUACUAUUGCACGACGUAGGAGUUUAUGUAACAAAAAUUCUAAAAAUAUUUGGUGCGAUUAGUGAAAAAGAUGAGAUAGGUUUUCCAACUUCUACUAGUACUUCCAAUAAUGUUGAAUGUGUGAUCAGGCCUUACUUAAGUAUUUUAGCUGAAUUUAGGGACAAAAUCAGGACAAGUGCAAGAACCUUAAAAGCCACAGAUAUUCUCGACGAAUGCGACCAUUUAAGAGAUGAAAUUUUGCCUAAUGUUGGAGUUAGAUUAGAGGAUAGAGAAGGUGAGCCAAGCGCAGUAAAACUAGUUGACAAAGAAACUCUUUUGAAAGAAAGGGAAGCGAAGAAGAAGGCAGAACAAGAAAAACUGGCCGAAAAGGAGAGAAAGAAAGCAGAAUUAGCAGCUGCCGCAGCAGCGAAAGAAUCUCAGAAAAAGAUACCGCCCACUGAAAUGUUCAGACAUGAAACUGACAAAUACUCAAAGUUUGAUGAAAAUGGAUUUCCAACGCAUGACACCGAAGGCAAAGAAAUUAGCAAAGGCCAGGUAAAGAAAUUACAAAAGUUGUACCAAGCUCAAGAAAAGAGGUAUCAAGAAUACCUAGCCACUCAAGCGUAAUAAUCUUCUCAAAACCAAAACAAGGAUUAGGUCAACUGUGAACUUAUUUUUUAUAUAAGACUAAAAUUUUGCCUGUAUAAAUCAUUAAAGUAUUUUUACACCAGCAUUAUUCUAAGUACAUCCUGAAAUAAUUACAGUCUGAAAGAUUAUUGUGCUAUUAAAAGAAAUGCAAUUUUUGUACAAAUUUUGUAAAUACUUUAAUGAUUACACACUAAUAUACCGUAUUUAUUUAAUAUUUUAUAUCGUCAACAGUAUUGUACUUUUAGAACUUUGCUACUUAUUAAUUCUAUAAAACGUCAGAAUCAUUAUCAUCUUAGAUUUCACGGUUUAUUAGUAAAUUUUCAUUAUAUUAAGAAUUUAUAUGCAUUUUAAUUUAUUUC